CAAGAGUGACGUCACCCGCUUUCCGGCGGCCAUUUUGUAAGCGCGGUGGAGAGCCGCUCGACAGGAACGAGGAGGAGGAGGGAGCUGGAACGUGAACAUCUCAGAUACUAAUUUAAAACAAAUAAAACCAGCAACAAACAAAAACCAAAACAAAACUUUAUAUACAGAUAUUUUCGUCUAGAGUUGGUUUUUAUUGCUUGCCCUCAGGAUUGACUUGGGUACCCUGUACUUCUGUUAAGGAAACACCACUUAUUACUGAAGGUGUGUGUUGGUUCGACUCGGCAUGGCUGUGGUCAUCCGCUUGCAGGGUCUCCCGAUUGUGGCGGGAACCAUGGACAUACGCCAUUUCUUCUCUGGAUUGACCAUACCGGAUGGGGGUGUUCAUAUUGUAGGGGGUGAACAUGGUGAGGCUUUUAUUGUUUUUGCAACUGAUGAAGAUGCCAGACUUGGCAUGAUGCGCACUGGGGGAACCAUUAAAGGGUCAAAGGUGUCUCUGUUGCUUAGUAGCAAGACUGAAAUGCAGAAUAUGAUUGAGCAGAGCCGUAGACGGUUUGAAACUGGCAAUUUAGAUGCACCAUCUGCAAAUUCUGGAAGACAAGCAACACCACUUAGCACAGGAAGUGGUGUUAGAAGUAGCUUGUCUACAACAGUGCAAAGCUUCAAUAGUCCUACUACAAGUAUAGUUACAACAGCCUCUUCAGCACAUGAAAGCAUGAGCAACAGUAAAAGUCAACCCUCGUUCUCCGCUGCAAGUAUAGGAAGUAUGCCUAACUUCAGCAAUAAUUUCAACAGCCCAGCUCGUACUCUAGGAUCUACAGUGACCUCUGCAUUGCCUCCCUUGAACUCUGUACCUCCAAUGCCUCCUUUGCCUACUAUUCCAUCACUGCCUCCCAUGCCCUCCAUUCCACCAAUGCCUGUUCCUCCCCCAGUUACUGCCCUACCUCCUGUGCCCCCUGUUGCACCUAUACCACCUGGUCCCCCUGUGCCACCAAUCACUCAUAUGCCCCCUCUGUCAGGUUUACCCCCAUUUAAUCCUGGAGUUCCUCCACCGGUGGGUCCUGUGCCUACUGGUUUAAGCACAUCGGCCCCUCCAGUACCAAUAACUAACCCAAGUCACAUGUUCUUAGGCCCUCUAAACCCAGUUGUUUCCAUUAAUCCUCAGAGUCAUAUUAAACCUCCAUUGUCUAGCUCAGAUGAGCUGUUUGUAAGUUUACAAGGAAUACCAUUUUCUUUCACCGAGAUAGAUGUCCGGGACUUUUUUCAUGGGCUGCAAGUUGAAAAUGUACGCUUACUUAGAGAUCAUCUUGGUCGAAAUACUGGCCGAGCACUGAUCAAAUUCUUCAGUCCACAAGAUGCAUAUGAAGCAAUGAAGCGGCACACAGGUACAAUUGGUCAACGAUUUGUAGAGGUUUCUCCUGCUACAGAAAGACAAUGGAUAGCAUCAAGCACUGGAGUGGUCCUGAGCCCCAGCCAGGGACUGCCUAAACAGCAGAUCACUGGCCAGCUGGAGUCUGAUCAUAUUCCACGCAUGCGUUCCAGGUCGGAUUCACCACCAUGCCAAGACAGAGCACGAUCACGUUCUCCACAUCAGCAGGAUUUCUGUGUCUAUCUAAAAGGACUGCCUUAUGAAGCUGAAAACAAACAGGUGUUUGAAUUUUUCAAAAAACUUGAUAUAGUGGAAGAUAGUAUUUAUAUUGCAUAUGGACCAAAUGGCAGAGCUACAGGAGAAGGCUUUGUUGAAUUCAGAAAUGAAGCAGACUAUAAAACAGCUCUGAGUCGUCACAUGCAUUAUAUGGGAAAUCGUUUUAUACAAGUUCAUCCAAUAAGUAAAAAGGCCAUGUAUGAAAAGAUCGACUCAAUCAGGAAACGUAUGCAGAGUACCCAACCAGGCGACCAGCUACCAGAGACUGGCUUGGAGAAAAGUCUUGCAAAAAUUUGUGCCCACAUUUCUAAUAUUCCAUAUAAUAUUGAUAAAAAUGAAGUGCAUCAAUUUUUGGAGGGGAUUCAGUUUUUGGAAGAAAGUUUGAAGGUUCUUGUAGAUAGUAAUGGUCGUGGGCUUGGCCAAGCUGUUGUCCAGUUUAGAUCUGAGGAGGAUGCUUUAAAAGCUGAAAGACUGCAUCGCAAAAAACUUAAUGGGAGAGAUGCGUUUGUGCACUUGGUAACAUAUAGUCAAAUGAAAGAAAUUGAGAAAAAUCCUCCACCUCAAGCAAAGAGAGGCCAACAGCUGCAAGCUUAUGCUUCAAGUUACACAUAUGCUGCCUCUGCUUCAGAAGAGUUCUCAUACUUGAGAGCAAAUUCGGGAACUAUGAAUAAUGGCCCUCAAUUUAGUACCCCAUUUAGUGCCUCUGGUAAUGGAUUUGGUGCUCCUCCUCCACCUCUUCCCCCUUUAGGACCUGGCCUAGCUGAAGGACAAUUGGGUGUUCCACCACCUCCUGUUGGCAGUAGCCACUUAGCAGCAGGUACAGGGCACAAGUCUCCAGUGUUCAGAUCAGCCACAGGAAAUAAUGGUGGACCUUCUGGAUAUGCAGGGGGUUCUGAAAUAAUGAGAGUGUCUUCUUUUGAAAAUGGACCUAGGAAAAAUAAUGCAACCACAAGUCGAAGUAGCAGUCAGGCACAUUUGGUCAGUUCUCAGGUGUAUGGGUCAAGUGGUGCUGAUAGUAUAAGGGUGCCUCCUGGAUUAAGUGGUGGGCCCGGAAAUCCAAGGCCCACAGUUGUUAAAAUUCAAAAUAUGCCUUUUACUGUAACUAUUGAUGAAAUUUUAGAUUUUUUUUAUGGUUAUCAAGUUUUGCCUGGCUCUGUGUGCUUACAAUAUAGUGAGAAAGGCAUGCCUACAGGUGAAGCAAUGGUAGCAUUUGAAUCUCACGAUGAGGCCAUGUCUGCAGUCUUAGAUUUGAAUGACAGACCAAUUGGGUCAAGAAAAGUUAAGCUGAUUUUAGGAUAGCAAGGAUGUUGAUAUAUAAAAUAUCAUGAACUAAAAUUGUGGAAUACAAAAAAGAAAGCUUCCAAAUAAAUCCUAAACAGCCGCAGGAAGUAGUCAUGUCAUUAAAGUAUUCCACUUUUUUAUAUAUGUAGCUUGUGAUUUUCAAUUCUUAGUAUUUGCUCCUUGAGUGAAUAAGUAACACUUUUAAUAGAUCCUAUGUUAACGUAUAAAACCAUUGUGACUUUUCAGUAUUUAAUUAGAGCUUAUAGGCUACUUUCCUAAGAGACAAUGGAAAAGAAAGUGAUCUAAAGAUGAAGUUGUACAAAGGCAAAGUCUGAUACAUUUGUAGAUUCUGAUGUAGAGUCCAAAGCUGCUUUUUUUUUUUUUCCCCCUUUGUGUUUUCAAGCAUGUGAUAGCUUUGUUAAAGGCACUCUGACAUCUGUGUGUAUGUGUUCCUUGCUUUUUUCUUUCAUGUACCCUUUAUUACCUGUUCUUUACAUAAGGGAAAUAAAAUCUGGUUGAACUGUAUUCAGUUAGUGCUAAAAUUUCUGGUGUUUAAAGACCAUUUUGCACGUCUCCCAUUGCUUAUUUUGUACCAUUUAAUCAUAUGGAUAAAGAUCCACUUGUUUUAAGAUAUACCUGCUUUGUAUAUUGGUUCCUGCCACCUGAGACCCCAUUAUUAAAUAAAGACCAUAAAGGCCUAGUUAAUUUUUAUUUUAAAUGAAUGAUGAUUGCUUAUUUUUAAGUUUUAACUUUUUUUUUUUUUUUUUUUAAACUCUCACUGAGAACUGUCCAGUGCACCCCAGUGAGCUUACAAGUGGCAGUAGCCAGAAGCCAAUCAUUUCUGCAGGAGUUGCUCAGACUGUAUUUACAGUAUGUGCUAUUCAAAAGUGUAUCAUGUCUUGGAUUUCUGCACUUUGAUGCAAUGAUGUAGAUACUGUCUUGGGUUCUUUUUGUAUUAUAGUGUGGUCAUCUCUGAUCAGCUGUAUUUGAAUGUUACAUUACAAUUUUUGAAAAUACAUUUUUUUUUCUCUAAAUCUUGUUUUAUUUAUUUUUCUUUUUUUUCCAUUUGUAUAUACUGUUCAGCGUACACACAUUUGUCAAUAAAAAUUGCAUUCCUUUCUGAAAGAUGGUACUGCCCACUUAUGAUGCUAAGGAAUUUUUUUUAUUGUGCUUUCUCAUUUCCACUCUGUCUUAAUUGUCAAUGAAGACAGGAUUUGAUUCUCUACAAUUUCAUGGUUUGUGUAUGAACUGUCCAACAUCUGUACAUGAAACAUGGUUCAUGAAAUAAUUGUAUAUAGUACAUUACUUGCAUACUUCUCCCAUGCUACUACUUGGUUGUACUUGCACCAAUAAAAUGUAAAUAAAGUAUAAAAAGUAAACAAGCUUUUUAAACAA